AUGUACUCAUCAUUGGAAUCCACUGCUGUACUACGUCCGAUUACGAUUAGAGGGAGCUCUUUACCCAUGAAGCGACUGACAGCCUUGAUGUCAUCGCGCUCGGUAGAAUCUAACCGCUCCUACGCAUAUAGUAUGCUGAGUCACGUGACACCCCGGACUGAGAGAUGCCGAAACUUUGAACAAGACCCACUUGCCAAGAUCUUCAUCGGUCCCACCAUUUCAAAGGGCCGGAGCCCUGCUAUCUCCUUUGCCUCCAUGGUGCCACUUCUUGUCUACACGUCCAGCUUCAAUGAACUUUCUAAAAUGAUCUCUCGUUACAUGGGAUCCGCCCGUCGAUUGAUAAUUGUUGGUCGAACCCUUACGACGGAUUAUAAUGAUAAAUACAUCCCGUUGUUCAACAAUUGCCGCUUCAUUCACAGAGAAGUUGGAGGAUAUCACGUUCUCUGUCGUAUCUACCCGGAUGACGUAUCUGGCGUCGAAGCACGUGCCCGGCUCGACAAGACCUCGGAUGCUUUGAUGAGAGGUGACAGUUGGGAGCAGCCACUGGGAGAUACGAGUCAAGACCUGAAGAAUAUCAAAAGCGACGAGCUCUUCGACUUCGAGGAGGAAGACAAGCGGAAACCUGCAAAGGGACAUCGCCGCAUCAGAAAAUAA